AUGUACUGCCCGUGGAUCGGGACGCUCCAAUGGCCGUGGGGUGCAUCAGCCGGACUGCUAGCUGCACCUGAAAUGCCGACUACCCGUCAAAGAGACUAUCGCGAUGACAAUCGCAAUUUGCAGAGGAGGCUAGACGUGCAGGAAGAAAGACUAAAGGAGCUAUCUGCUAUAGGCGACGCUAAGCAGGGGGAGCUAGAGGCACAGAAGGAAGAAAUAAAAGAGCUUUUAGCUACAGGGAGAUCAAAGCAAAAGAGGCUAGACGCCCAGGAUGAAUCAUUGAGGGAGCUGUCAUAUCAAUACCGCGCCCUAAAGCGACAGUCCGAAAAUGCACAGAAACAGCACGUGGCAGACGAAGAGAAGAUCCAACAGCAAGAGGAGCUUCUACGUCAGGCUCGCGCUGAGGCAUCGAUGCAAGAAGACGAGCACCGCAGGCAACUGAAUCAGCUGUACGCGAAGCUCAACUCCGUCCAAGCCGGACGAAAACCACUCACCGAUGAGCAAGUCAAGGACCAUUUUCGCCGGCUAGUGCAGAACCUCGAGGCCUGGAUCAAUCACAACUUCCGAAACACUGAGAAGCUUGAGAUGGCGAUUCAGGGCGAUGGAGCCCCCAGUACCUCGCCCCAGCGCCGCGCCUGGCUGCAAGCACACAUCGCGUCCUUGGUGUUCCACCACAUCUUCACGCCCUACCUGUUUGGACUGCAAGACGACAAAGGGGGCCACUUUCUCAGAGAGAUCGGGGCCGGUGUCAAGCGGACAAGUUCCGAGUCGAGCUGGCAGACAUGGAAAAUAGCAACGAGCGUAGCCGUCAGUGACAUGGCGCGGGAAAGCCAAGAGAGUCAUUUUGCUGCUUUCAUCGACUACGUGGAGAAGCAAUUCGGCUCCGCUUCCUCUACUGAGCCGGAGGCCAGGAGACGACAGUUGCUGAAAUUCCUCGAAAAAUGCGCCACGUUCAAGAACGCUCUCACGCAGGAGCCGGAGGCGUUUUCCGUCUUUCUGAGUUGGACAGGGGCGGAAUUCUCGGCCGAUUCGAUGACGCGCGUUGGCGGGGAUGGAGAGGCCGGAGCGAAGGUGCGGCUUUGCCUUUGGCCCGGGAUCUCAAAGCGAGUCGGUGAUGAUGAUGAGGUGGUUGUUGAGCCGGCACUUGUGUGGACGGUGGAUUAA